AUGGCACUAUCGAUACGAACAUUAAACAUGACAAGCCUGCUGAUGAAAUGCUGUCGGAUUGGAUCCAGUGCAUUCACGUCGUUACCUUUCACUUGGAGUUUGAGUUAUUUCCUGUGCUCAUUUGUCGGCUGGCUAUUUUUUGGUCUACAAGAAAUAUCGACAUCAAAUCAUCCGAGGAAGAUAGAUAAAACAAACCUCUGUUACCUGGCGUUUCCUGACUCCAAUUCCAGAUUACGCGAAAAGAAUAAAUUGAUUCGGUUACCCUGUCAACCUAAUGUGGUUACAUUGCUUGAAAACUACCAUAGAUAUUUAGAAAGUGUUUCUUUAGUGAUAAUAAAGCAACUAAAAAAAAAACGUCAACUUGAAGUUUUUGACAAAAAACAACUUGAAAAAUGUUACACACUUUGCAUUGAAGUAUUAGAUGGUCUGAGGAUUUGUUUUAACACUUUCUUAUUCGGAAUGUUGGUAGUUAACAAAGACGAACAAGCCCAAUACUAUGAAGCAUUACAAGUGACUCUGCAACCACCUGUAAACAAUAUUAUUUCACAAAAUGGUGAACAAGGCUAUGAUAAUGUACCAAAUUACGAAGAAUUGGAAAUCCGCGAUAACAAAAAUAACAUUAAAGCUAAACGAAGCCGCAGACCAACCAGUCAAUAUGCUAGUUCUGAUUGCAGUUUAACAAAAUCUCAUCGUUCAAAAAUUUUAAAAGAUACAUUUGAAAAAACCCGUGAUGAGGAUGUAUUAAAAGCAGACUCUUGGAAAGCCGUCCCUGACAGUGCAUAUGAUGAAGAAAUAAAACAGAUAGCUAUUGUAUACGGUGUCUACCAUCUUUUAUGGCUUUUGGGUACCUCUCAACUCAAACGUAUUUGUUUGGGAUGCAGUAAAUUGUGAAAAACAAGAUUGGCGAUACAGAAAAAUCAAGUGCUCCUAUUCAAAAUCGCAGAAAUUAUAUGAAUAUCUAAGUUGUUUCAAGGCACCCCUAUAUAUAUAAAUA